CACGCCUGUGCUUGAGAGUUUUCCUGUGUCAGCAGCUGUUGCCACCACAAAACUACAUCCCCAAGGAGCAAUGGGGAACAAGAAGAAGAUUAGCCUUCCAGCAAAGUUAAUCAAUGGAGGUGUGGCAGGGCUUGUGGGUGUGGCUUGUGUUUUCCCCAUUGAUUUGGCCAAAACCCGUCUUCAGAACCAACAAGGACGAACAAUCUACACUGGAAUGUGGGACUGCUUGGUGAAAACUAUUCGCUCGGAUGGGUUCUUCGGCAUGUAUCGAGGAGCCGCUGUGAACCUAACUCUCGUCACGCCUGAGAAAGCGAUCAAGUUGGCUGCCAACGAUUUCUUCCGGCAGCUGCUCUCCCAGGAUGGGAAAGAAUUGCCAUUGGCGAGGGAGAUGCUGGCUGGCUGCGGAGCUGGGAUGUGCCAGGUGGUGGUCACCUCUCCAAUGGAGAUGCUGAAGAUCCAGCUGCAGGAUGCUGGACGGCUAGCUGCUCAUCAGCAAAAUGCCUUGGGACAGGAUGGAGCAGCUGCCGCCUCCUCCCGUCUGCCUCCUGGGCACUCGCCCCCCUCAAAUCGCCCCUCCGCCAUCGUGAUUGCCAGGGAUCUCCUGCGCACCCAGGGACUAGCAGGCCUGUAUAAAGGGCUAGGAGCCACCCUGCUCAGAGAUGUGCCUUUUUCCAUUAUUUAUUUUCCACUGUUUGCCAACAUUAACAAGCUGGGGCAGGAGAGCAGUGAAGAAAAAGCCUCUUUCUUGCAUUCAUUUCUGUCUGGCUGCGGGGCAGGAUCAGUGGCUGCAGUGGCAGUGACUCCCCUGGAUGUUCUAAAAACCCGCAUUCAAACUCUCAAGAAAGGCCUGGGAGAAGAUACCUACAAUGGAAUCAUUGACUGCACCAGGAAGAUCUGGACCCACGAAGGCCCCGCUGCAUUCAUGAAGGGAGCGGGCUGCCGCGCGCUUGUGAUAGCCCCUCUGUUUGGCAUAGCUCAGGGGGUCUAUUUCAUUGGCAUUGGAGAAUAUAUCUUGGGGUUCUUGAAGUAAGGCCAAUUCCAGCUGCAGGGACUCCAGCUCAAGGUUGCACGAAUUCAGCUGAACUGCUUUGUGACAAUGCCCUGUAAG